GAGGAAAAGGAUGCAAUAGCUUUGGGCUGAGAGUCUGAGACCACUGCAAUGUCUCCCCGGUCCUCCCCGUACGCCGCCUGCUUCCGCCGCUCCCCGUCCCCGAUUCCGCCGCCGCCGCCGGCAAUGUCCUCCGGCGGCGCCCACUCCAAUCUGACGACCUCCAUUUACGAAACCCCCGUGGCGUCCUUCUCCCUGACCUGGUUCCGAUCCCUCUGGUCCCGCUCCGUCCAGCUUGACUCCGACCACCGGAAUUCGUUCUCCGGCGCUCUCCUCCGCCUGAACCCCGUCGCCUUCUGGAAGAAAUCCGGCUCCAAAAUCCUCUCCCCGUCCUUCCGCCUCUUCUGGGACUUCACCGGCGCCCGCUUCGGCUCCUCCCCGGAACCCAUCGCCGGAUUCUACCUCGCUCUCCUCCACCACGGCCAAAUCAUUCUCCUCGUCGGCGAUUUGGUGAAGGAGGCCUAUGCCCGCACCAAAGCCCCCAACCCCCAAAACCCCCAAUCCCUGGUCCUGAAGCGGGAGCAGGUAAUUGCCCACAAAAUUUACUCCACCAAAGCCACAAUCGCGGGUAAAAGCCGGGACAUCCAGAUCGAUUGCGGGUACAACGACGACAGCCGGCUCUGUUUCGCCGUCGACGGCGUUGAGGUUCUCGAGGUGAAGCACCUGAAAUGGAAGUUCCGUGGGAACGAGAAGAUCGAGGUGGAGGGAGUUCCGGUUCAGAUCUCGUGGGACGUCUACAACUGGGUCUUUGCCGACAACGACGACGGCCACGCCAUUUUCAUGUUCCGAUUCGACCAACACCAACACGGUUACGACACGUCGUUCCACAACGCCGGAAUCGAAACCGGAAGAAUGAGGAUGAGUUCCUCGCUGUCGUCGGUUUCCAUGUCGUCGGUGGGCUCCUCCGCCGCCAGCUCCUCCGUCCUCGACUGGGCAAGCGUGGAGGAAUCCGAGCUCGGCGGCGGCCCUUCUGCCUUUUCUCUCCUCGUUUACGCUUGGAAAAGGUGAAUUACCAGAGCAUCAAAUUUGGUAAAAUCUUAAUUUGGGAACUAAUUUUUUCUUCCUUACAACACUACCACUGACCCCAUUUGUUGAUUAGCAGAAUAAAUUCUUAAAAACCCAUCAUCAAGAUUAAACAUUAGAUUUGGUUAGCUACAUAGAUCUAACUUAGCAAGAAAUUCGUCAUUCUUUUUCUUGUUUAUUCCUUUUUGUGGGAUAUGAUUGAUUGUAUUAUAUAAGUAUCCAGAAAUUCUUUUUUCUCUCUAUCUGUAAUGGGAAACAUUAUAAGCAUUUGUUGAUUCCAUCGCC